GACACCUAUACAGCCUAUCACAUUCUCUUGUAAUUGUUUAGUUUUUGUCACUUUGUAGCAGUGACUGUGUCUCAUGGUUGUUGUGUAAGUGUCCAGUCCUGACUGGUUAGUAAUGCUAAGUAGUUAGAGGGAAGUAGAAGAGUGGACAGUCAUGUGAAUGAGCGCCGACGCUGCUGGGUGUUAUGGAUCUUGUUGCUUUGAAACUGAUUAGUGAUGUGAUCAGCUUUCAUCUUUGUGGCCCCAUUCUAACAGUUCUGUAAGUAAGAGGACAAGACAGGACUGGAAGCGCUACGUUGGCUGGGGUGGGCUCUGGCACUCUGAUUCUCUCGUAUGCAGCCACCAACAGCCAACAGAGACAAGACGGUGUUAAACCCAGCAGUUGUGCCAGGGAAAAUGCCCCGAGGAGGGCAUAUUUUAAUGACUUGGUGUAGGAACCGGGGAGAAGAAAUCCAAGUGACUCAGUUUCUGGAUUGCUAGUGUGGGUACCUGAGGCUGUCAUCCACUAGUGUUGGGUUUUGAGGUCCUUACUGACGUGCAGGUGAGCAAGUCUACCAGGCUCUCGUUAGGAGUAUACCACAGGAAAUGGCGAGAUGGAGAUUCAUCCAUAUGGGGGAACUAAUUACUAAAAGAAAUCGUGGUCUGUAAACAGGGUGAACCUUGAGGAGCUCAAAGCCAAAGCCCCACCAACACUUACUGUUGGCUGUCACCGAAGUCCCUUCCAACUUUAGCAUAAGAUUUAAAACAGAACCUGGGCCCAAUCCUGGGGAAACUGAUGAAUGGGCCCCCCUGAGGGCCAAAGAAGCUGCUUGUAGGUGCUGUACAAGUUUGCAUUUUAUUUCAUUACAAGAGAGGAGAGCUCAGUUAUAGCAGACUUUGUUUAAAAACAGGGUCAGCAUGGCGGAAGCUGCUCUCAGAAUCGCUGUGUAGCUGAGGGCGCCCACAGCUGACACUGACUUCCCGCUGUCUCGGUCCUCAUCCUUCUGUCUCUGUCUCUACAUAUGGCCGGGGACUGUAGGCAUGUGCCAUUGCGCCUAGCUAGUUAGCAAACUUUCACAAUAGUUUUGAGACCUGGGGGUGUAGCUCAGUGACAGAGUGCUUGCCUAGCACAGAUGCCUAGCCUGGACAAGGCCCUGCCUGAGUAAUGAGGAAAUGGCAGCAUGGAAACCUGGCUGCAACUUCCCACUGUGCUUGUCUCUCGAGUGGGGGCACCUGUUAUGCACCUUAAGCCAUAUUGGAAACUCCAGAAGAGAGAGUGCCCUCUCGAAGUCAGCAAGGACCCUCUGAAAACACCUGUGAGCCCCCAAAACGCUGUCCGGGAUGAAAAGGGCAAAGCCAGCUACAUGAAACCAACUGUCUUUCCUUCAGCCUCCCUUGUCAAAGCCUCGUGUAGAAAACCCUUUGGAAUCCUUUCUCCAAAUGUCGUGUGCAGUAUGAGUGGGAAGAGUCCUGUGGAGAACAGCUUGAAUGUGAACAGGAAGAAUGCGCCGUCUGCAGCGGCACAGCAGAGUGGAGAAGGGCUGCCUGGCAGUUGGACGAUUGUCAAGCCUGGAAACACGAAGGAGAAGAUUGCAUUCUUUGCAGCCCACCAGUGCAGCAAUAGGAUAGGCUCUAUGAAAAUCAAAAGCUCCUGGGAUAUCGAUGGGAGAGCCACUAAAAGAAGGAAAAAAUCAGGGGAUCUUAAGAAAGCCAAGGUACAGUUAGAAAGGAUGAGAGAAACCAACAGCCAGUGCUACCAGCCUGAGCCGUUUGCGUGUGGCAUCGAGCACUGCUCUGUGCAUUAUGUGAGUGACAGUGGGGAUGGCGUCUGUACUGGGAGGCCCCUGUCGGUGAUACAGAUGGUAGCCUUCCUUGAGCACAGAGCCAGCGCCCUGCUAGCUAGCUGUGCGAAACACUGCACAAACUCACCCGCCAUUGUGAAGAUCACUGGCCAGUCCCGAGGCGGGCCACCUGCGCUCGAGCCCUUCUCUGCCCCAGGAACUUGUGAAGAACCCACAGAAAGAGGAAAUCCUGAAGCUGGCAGAUCACAGAGCGAGCCAGUCCGUGUCCUUGACAUGGUAGCCAGGCUGGAAUCCGAGUGCCUGAAGCACCAGGGCCAGCGGGAACCGGGGACCCUGUCACGGAAUAACAGCUUCCGUCGAAAUGUAGGCAGGGUGCUGCUCACUAAUGGUGCUCAGCCCAGUGACCAAAAUGGAAAAGACCCCGCAGAUGUUCCUGACCCCCAAGGACAUCCCACGCAGUCCGUGCGUGUGGGUGAGGGACCUUCCACAGCUGACCACUGUUCUGCAGGUGACCAGGCCUGGGAUGGUAUGGCUCAGGGUUGUCCCUCGCCAGCAGGUGUGAGCUUCCACAUGGACAGCACGGAGUUAGAACCAGGUCAGCAAACAGCUGCGAAAAACUGCAACAGGCACGACGUAGAAAUGGCGGACGAAUUUGAUGAAUUGUCCGGUUCUCCUCACGCCUGUCUGCAGGUCACCGAGUUGCCCGCAGAGGCUGUCAGCUGUAUGAGCAGAGCACUUGUACCACUCGCAAAGCACAGCCCCGAUCACAGACGGGAGCCUGUGUGCGUGAGCACCACUGUUUGCACGGUAGAGAGUGACCGGCCUUCCGCUUUAGACUCCCUUGAGGAGCCUCUCCCAGGGAUGCUGUUUUUCCUCUCACCUGGAAAGGACCAGCAAGAAUGCUCCCAGUUGAAUGGACUCACAGCACAAGAGGCUUCAGAGGCCAGGAAGCCUCAAGACGCUGCUGAAGGCAGCAGCGUAUGCCAGGAGAAAGAUGUUCCUGUGGAGCCAUUCCCAGCAGCCACUGGGGUGGAAAGUGCAUUACCGGUGGCUGAGGCAUCCAGUUGGAAGAAGCAGGUGUCUCAGGAUUUCCUGGAGACCAGGUUUAAAAUCCAGCAGCUUCUGGAGCCUCAGCAGUACAUGGUAUGCCUGCCUCACCACAUCAUGGUUAAAAUCUUCAGGUUACUCCCCACCAGGAGUUUAGCGGUUCUUAAAUGCACCUGCCGCUAUUUCAAGUUCAUCAUCGAAUACUACAACAUCCGGCCAGCAGAUUCCCGGUGGGUUCGAGACCCACGCUAUAGAGAAGACCCUUGCAAGCAGUGCAAGAAGAAGUAUGUGAAAGGGGAUGUGUCCCUGUGCCGGUGGCACCCCAAGCCCUAUUGCCAGGCACUGCCUUACGGACCCGGGUACUGGAUGUGCUGCCACCGGUCUCAGAAGGGUUUUCCUGGCUGCAAGCUGGGCCUGCAUGACAAUCACUGGUUACCUGCCUGCCACAGCUUUAAUCGGGCAGUCCAUAAGAAAUCAAGAGGGAGCGAAACGGAGGAGGAGUACUGAAGUCCACACAAGAGGCAGCAGGACUGUGAAACACCUGGGUCAACCCUGAGGCGUGUGACCUCAUCCCCACCCUUGCCAGAGUCUGCUCAGACCAGACUGCCAUUGCAUGGGCAGUUUUUAAACACUUAAUUUGCCAGCCGUACAUGAGAUUAGUUCCAUGGUUUUGUAUGGUGGUGCCUCACACUUAACCCUUUCAGCUGUGAAGAACUCUGCCUGUCUCCAUCAAGGACAUCUAGAGGUCACCAGGCAGUCCCCUCAGGGGAUCCCGAAGUGUCCCAGUACUGGCUCUGUAUUUGGAGUGAGUGGAAAAAGCAAAACCUCUGAGAAUUAUGCCUAAACAGAAAGUUGGGCACCUUACCUACACCUUGUAUGCUUGAUUCUGUGAGAAUGAUGUUUGCAGAUGGAGUUUAUGCCCUGUGCUGUUUACAGUGUAUAUAAUGGUUGUGUUUUCAUGGGGCUGUGAAAGUGCACGUUAAACCUGAGCGCCUGUACCUGGAGAUGAGUGCUUUGGCCCCUCUGUAAAUAACGUGAUUAAAAUCCAGUAAUGUACAUUAUGGACAGUUGACUAAACAUAAUCACCACAGAAUAAGACAGUGUCAUAUAAUAGUCAGAUUAAAACAUUGUCCAUCCUUUUGUCCAGUUAAAAAUUUUAAAAAAACUUCAAUAAACUGCGUAUUUUAAAUGGG